UUUGCUCAUUGUUGAAGGAUGUAUGGUGACCUAUAAGUGUUAAUGUUUGUGUCAGUUUGGUCUUUUGUGGAUAGUUGUCUAAUUGGCAAUCAUACCACAUCUUCUUCCUUAUAUUCACAUACCAGGUUUAAUAGCAGAAAAAAUAAAAACUCUACACUUCCUUACAUAUUUAAAACAUUUUCUUACCUGAAUUAUUUUUUUCUGACUAGAAACCUAAAACAAAUCUAAUCAGUAUAUCAUAUACUAUUAUACUAUACUGUUGAAGUCUUUGUAAAAAAAACAUUGAUUAAUUAUUGUAUACUUUUUUUCCUAGAGAUGGACUUUGUAGAUUCUUCAUCACCCCCAGCACCAGACACUAAACAUGGAUAUGCUUUGGAAUUUCCAUUUUUGGGAGUCUGGGCAGAGGAGGAAGUGUCCACAUUUGGACAUAUGUCUGAGAGGGUGGAAAUAAUUGAUGAGAUUGAUGAUGACAAUGAGGAUGAUGCUGCUGAUGAUGAUGAUGAUGAUGAUGAUAAUGAUAAAGACAAUAUGGUAACUGACUUGUCCCCAACAUACAGCAUCAGAACUACACAAAGAAAGAAGAAGGUGAUUAAGAAUCAUCAUAAGGGACCAAUACCAGAAGGGUACAUUACAUCAGCAAGAAAAAGACAAAAAACUUACAGCAAAAGAGUAAAGUCUCUAUUCACACAGGGUUACAGACUUCACUCCAUGUGUGGAGCAAGAAUUAAAAUAGAAAUUACAAAUGAACAAGGAAAGACCAGGUCUAUGUGCAUGCCACCUUUUAUGACUAGAUCUGUCAUGCAGCAGGCAGGUGAAAGUGCUAUCAAUGUACAAGAAAUAACUGAGCCAUUAGCACCAGUGGAGGGGACUCCCAAAAAGAGACCAAUGUUAAUCAAACAAAGCAGUAACACUAAAACAAUAAAAAAUCUGCCUGGGAAAAAAAAGGGCAAGGAAAAUGCUCUUUCCCCAAACAUGAAAAGAGUAAGGAACAAAUGUAGUAUUUGUAAAAUUAUAUUCGACAGUGCUGCAGACAAGGCUUUCCAAAAAAAAAAAUGGGAGAAAGCAAGCUGUAUGGAUAGGGUGUGAUGUUGACGAAUGUCACUUUUGGGCACAUGCUAAGUGUGUGAAAUUAGAUGUGCCAACUCUGAAGAGGGUAAGAACAAUUAAGUUUGUUUGCCCAGAACACAAGGAACCUUCUAGUGAUGAGUAAAUCAAAACCCUAAUUUGUCUGCAGCACUGUCCUACACAAAGAUUAUAUUUUUAUGUUUUUUUUUUAAUUGUACACAUAUUUACAGACUCAUUAUUUUAGUAUUAUAUUUUAUGAUGUUAUUUAUUUACCUUAUGUUUACAUUUAAAGAAUUUUAUUAUAGAUAAAUUAUAUUUAUAUUUAUAUAUUAAUUAAAGUUAACCUACUGUAUUAUAAUAAAUGAAUUAUUUAAUUUUAAGACCAUAACAGUUUCAAUAUUUGUUUUAUUUUUGCAAUUUCACUAUGAAAUGAAUAAGUACCGCA